GAUGUUGUUCAAGCAAUUGUUGAUGCUGGUGGAGCAAUCAAUGCUGAAUCCAUAACACGAGCAACACCAUUGAUGCGUGCUAUUGAAAGUUCAUCGUUUCCAGUUGUCGAAUAUCUUGUUAAUAAAGGAGCUAAAGUUAUGCAUGAAAAUAUUUCUGGUCUAGAACCAUUAACUGUAGCAGCAGAAUUUGCUGAUCCACGUAUCUAUCAUUUACUUAAUGAAAAAGUUACUGCUAUUGCUGGAAAUAACAAAAAAGGUCCAGCAGCAAAAAAGAAACCAGCUGCAAAAAAACGACCGCCUACAGGUGGAAAAGGCGCUGUAGCUGACGAACAUGCUCCACAUACUCUGGUUACUGAUCAACCACGACGUGGUUCUUUAUUACGUGCUGCUGCUGAAUUAGCUAAAUCAUUUGAAAAAGCUGAUUCAAUUGCUUUUCAUCCUAAAACAAAAUGGACUGAACUACCAACGACUAAAGAUCUUAUGCAUGAAAAAACUGUUGUACGUGAUCGUCUAGGUUGGGAAAUUGAUUUUCAAGAUUAUAAAAUGCCAUUUAUGAGUAAUCUUAGUAAACGGUUAGAACAAAUGACAUUACCUGAAGUCAAAAUAUAG